CCUUUUACGGUUCAGAUGGUUCUGGUGUCUUUUAUUUUGAUAAACGUAUUUCCGGUUUGGGUUUUACAUCCUGUAAAGGGAGCCGUUUUCAAGUUGCUGGAUAAAAUUGAACGAUGCGCUAAAGAAAAUAUCGACAACAGUGGAACAGGAGUCUAUUACCAAGCAAUGCCUGCAGUGGGACCCGAUGGGAAAAACGUCAUGAAGUUAAUUCCUGUCCAGAAAGUAAAUGGACAGUUUUAUCAGACACCAUUUAGUACAGAAAGAGACAGUGUGGAUGUACAACUGAAAGCCUAUGCAAAACCGGUUCAUCCACCUGCUGCUGCUUCAUCUCAAACACAGAUGCGGCUUCCCUCCCUUCAGACCAUAGCAGAUGGACGGUUUGUCCUAAAAGCCCUGCCGCAGGUCAGAACUGUAUCUAACGCUGUCAAAACUCAACAUGGUGGAACUAAUGACCUCAUUAUUCACAAUCCACAGCCAGUGCAUAUUCCUCUUUCAACACAAUCGCUUUCCCAGUAUUCAGUCCAGUUACCUCCUCAGCCCAAUGGACAGGGCAUGGUGGCAGUCCAAAUGUUGCCUGUUACCGUUAAAUCACCUGUUCUCCCAAACGGUCAUUUCCUGCAGAUCCCUCCGAAUGCGAAAGUUAGGACUCUGCCAGCCACUGCGCUCCCACAGUCCAUCAAAUGCCGGAUAAUGAACUCUGUGAGUAACACCCCUAACCUCCAAAAGAGUCCACCAACAGUUGUGCUUGUUUCCCCUGUGAACUCUGUUAAGCUAAAUUCUGACCAGCAAGUAGUUUCGGUUACAAAGCCAAGUCAAAUACAGAAGACCCGGUUUCAAAAUCUGCUUACAAAAUUGCAAACACCUGUUUGCGUUCCUAAAACAAAUGAAGAAGUGAACACUCCCUUAAAAUGGGUCGUCCGGGAGGGAACAGGUGCAUCCGCUCCUUGCCUUGUACCUGUAAUGACACCGAAUGUCAACACUGACACCAUAAAAGCAGUCAAGAAUGUCAGCUCAGUUGGGAUGGCAAAUGAAAUUGUGCCAAGCAAACCCACACCUCAGGCCAGCCAAGAAAAGAUCACCCCAGGCAAAGACAACGCCCUGGUCAUGUGCAAUGGGAAAGUCUACUUUGUGGCCAAGAAAAAUUCAGAGAUCGCCAAGGAUGUGAUGAUCAGCGAAGGUGGGAAAAGAGGGGUUGUCAGCACCUCUCCUGCGCUGCCUGCCAGCUCCGCUCUGGGGACAAACUCUUCUAAGAAAGACCCAAAAAGAAAUGUAAGUGAAAUUAUUGAUCUCUGUGAUGACGAUGAGGAAACGUCCACAUGUCUGGGAGGUGCCCCGGGAAAUUUGCCUACACCGAGUCAAACUGAGGUGGAUGAGAGCGAUGAAGACUCUAAUGUCAUAUUUGUGUCAUACAUUCCACCCAAGUCAGAGACUCAUGCUGGUGAUAAAGUAGAGAAAGCUGCCUCCCAGAACAAAUCUGAGGAAGUUCAACACACACAGACAAGCGCAAAGUCUGUCUCACAGAAUGAAGGGGAAAAACCGGCACAUGCGGAAAUUGAAAAAGAUGGUGGUCCAGAUAAUCCUUCAGCCAAAAUGAGUGAUGAGAUGAUGGAUGAGCAGAUCGAGGGAAAUGAAAGAGAUGAAAGCAACUUGAGCCGUCUUUCUGAAAAUGUGAAUAUGGAGGCAGAUAAAGACUUGGAGAGUGGAAGUCCACCUGAGACGAGAAGUCAAGAUGAUGCAGCUCUCGCUGAAACUGCCAGCGUUUUGGAAGCACCCCAGAAUGUCUGUGUUCAAGCCACUUAUGAUACUGAAAAGGCCUAUGAAAAUCUAGAAUCUGAUCAGAGAAGUCAACCCAAGACUGACUGUGAGCUAAGAAAAGAAUUUGGCAUCACUUCUGAUGUACAAAUUUGCUUGCAAAGACCAAAGCCGACUGUGAAGCCAGAUCAACUGACAGAGAGACUUUUCAUAAACAAACGCACAUUAGACGGCCUUCGUAAAGUGAUCCAGGAGUCAAAGUUGCAGUCAAAAAUACAGCAAAUGAUGCAGGUUCCCUACACAAAAAUGGAGGAGGAUGAAGGCCUGACGGUCAAGAGAAAAAAGCAGGAGCAGGUUGGGAGUCAAGAUAAUCCCUCUCUAAGCUCCACAAACAUUUCACGUGCCUCUAAAUGUUCAAUUGUUCCCAUUGAAAACAGUUUAGCUUGUCAAGAAGAGGUUUGUUCACCAACAGAAUCUACAGCUGAUGAAGUUCAUAUGCAGUCUGAAAUGCCAGCAGAUUGUACUGGUAACAUGGGCUGUUUUACUCCCUUAUCUGAACAAAAAGCCAAACAGACUUCUAGUCAUACCUUAUCACCUUCCUCUCAAAGGAAGACCGCACCGCGCUCUAAAAAAGGUAAGGUGUGCACGGCCUGUCCUUGUGGGACUGUUUUGGGGGCUGCAGAAGCCACUUCAUCCCUCCAUUCACAAGACAGACCGAGUCCAUGUACUGCUGUUGAGUCACAGAAAGGGACAAAAAAAAACUGCUUAAAUAAAUCCCCAGAAGAGAAUCGCCAACUAAAAAAUCAAGAUCCUGUUAAGAAAGCAGGGAAAAAACGGUCAUCAAAAAAUCCACAUGAAGACAAAGCUCUGUUAGGAGGCUCUACUAGUGAAACCUCGCACGACAUCUCACCUAAUGGUUCAUUGAAUAUUACACCAAGUGCAGCAUCAGACAACCCCAGCAUGUCAUUCUCGAAUAAACAGCAAGGUCCCAAAAUAGACAAAUUUCCAACACAGUCACUGUACACAUUGGAGACGCUGGAUGCCGAGGAGAUAAAACGGCGUGAGAGAAUCGAACGUUUGAAGGAUCUCCUGAAGAAGAAGGAGGCUGCGCUGGAGCAGAUUCAGAGGAGCAUGAACAUUUAGUCAUGUCUCUUUGUGUUUAAAAGACUGUACGCUGCAUGACGGACUGAAUAUGACCGGGAAAACCACCAAUAAAUGUACAAGAAAAAAUGUAUACAGUUUGUACACAAUGUUUAUUUACUAACUUUUCCCUUUUUAAUGUUUACCAGAUCUCAGUGUCAUAUUUUAUUCAGUCUUUGGCUUCCUAAGCAAUUUGUGGUGUUUGUCUUAUUUAUAGUUGUUUGUAGUACGUUUAAGCAGAUGCCAUCAUACAAUUUUUUACAUCUUUGUAUGAUUUACGUGCCUUUGUCAAUACUUUGUAUUCUGUAGUUGAAUUUGUAGUGUAACAGCCUCAUUUCAUAAUAAAAAAAAAGCAAUUUAGUAAAUAAGUCCAUGCACUUUUGGGAACCAUGUUUGCUGUCUAGCUGAAACAUUUUAAACUCAAGAAUGCUGUAAAUAACAUGAACAUACUGGUUCAAUUAUUCUAUUUUUAUAGUCAU